UCUGUUUUGUGCUGGCUUGGUAAAUCUAAGUACUGGAAUAUUCACCAGCUUUGGGGAUUGUCUGCCCCAUUCUUUGCAGUUCACUCUAAUUGAGUGACCUCAGCUGCCUCCCCUCCCGGGAUCCUGGUCACAGUGGACUAUGAGGGCAGCAUCAUCAGCCAAUAGAAGUCCCCUGAUUAGCACCUUUUUGACUUUAGUGAAGCUCUGUGAAGAGAUACAGACAGCCUCCGACACAGGAAACCUCAAAGUCAUGUAUGAUGGCCUGAAAAAAGCUCUAGGCCCCACUGUCAACAAGGUUGCCCCUCACAAAUUGCACAGCAGUGAAAUCCUUACAGAUAAAAGCAAGCAGUUGUCUCAUUGAACACUAUUCAGAGCUAUACACACAAGAAACAUACAUCACCAGCAAAUCACUGGACAAAAUACCAACUCUACAGGUCAUGCCAGAGCUAGACGUGGAGCCCACUGUAGAAGAGCUAAGAAAGGCCACUGAUUUUCUAUCAAGUGGCAAGGCUCCUGGAACAGAUGGCAUCCCAGCGGAAAUCCUCAAGUGAGGGAAAGACAGCCUACUACCAUAUCUUCAUCAUCUGCAACUUAAGUGUUGGAAAGAGGGUGAGGUACCACAAGAGAUGUGUGACAUAAAUCAGCACCACUCUGUAUAAAAAUAAAAGGUGAAAAGGGCAACUGCAACAACUUCAGGAGUAUCUCGCUACUAAGUAUAGUGGGAAAAGCUUUUGCAAAUGUCAUCUUAGUACACCUACAACAGCUGGCGAAUCGUGUCUACCCUGAAUCACACAGUGCGGAUUUAUGGCUGGAAGAUCAACUAUAGACAUGAUAGUUUCUCUGGGUCAACCCCAGGAAAAAUAGCAAAAAGCAAAAAGCAAAAAGCAAAACCGACCAUUGUACAUCACCUUUGUGGACCUAACCAAAGCAUUUGACAGUCAGCAGAGCAGGUUUAUUUGCAAUACUAGAAAAGAUAGGAUGCCCACCAACCCUGUUAAAUCUUUAUGUUCAUUCCAUGACAACAUGAGAGCAACUGUCCAGUUUGACAGGUCUUUAGAUAGCUUUGAGAAGAAAAGCUGAGUAAAGCAAGGAUGUGUUCUUGCCCCUUCACUCUUUGGAAUCUUUUUUGUACUCCUGAACUGCACGUUUAAGGACAUGAAAGAUGGAGUGUAUCUCCACAAAAGAUCAGACAGGAAACUCUUCAACCUGUCACGACGUAAGUCAAAGACUAAAGUCAAAGUGUUACACUAUCCCUUUACCAUAAAAAAGGAAAUUAAUCGGAAUCUGGUCCAGUGUUGGGAAUUUUAGUAUGAAACAUAUAUUCUCCUUUUAAUCUCAAAGUACUGAAUAUGUAGAUACAGACAAUAGAAACAGUGACUGCAACAAACAAAAAAACCCACUACACUCCCAGAUUCAGCAAUGUCUACGAGACCAGCAGAGGAUGUGUGCCACUACAACCAUUUUAAAUGGUUUUCCAUUUUAACUAAUACAACAAUAUAUGGCCCCCCAUCUUGCUAGCAUUUAGACUUAGAGAAACCUGUUUCUCUUUAUGCACGUGAGCAAUCACACAAUGAGACUACUUGUGUGCAUAAUGGGAAGCAUGUGCCUAAGUGGUUGCAGGAGUGGGGUCUGCAACUCCACAAUAAUCCUGUGUUGCUUAUUACACAUACUUGUGUUAGCCUUUAGAUGGUUACUGGGUUGUUUUCUUUAGGGAAUAAAGUGUACCAGUUGUGUUUGUUUGGUUAUCCUCACUCCCUCCUUUCCCUGCUCCAGGACAGGAAAGUGCUAGCAGCUUUGGCUCUCAGGUUGGCAGGAAAUUUAAAACGGCAGUGAGCCACUGUUUGGACCAACCCCAAUACAUUUUUUUCAUUGAUACAAGAGCCUAUUUAAGGUGAGAGUCCACUUGUCAAACUUAGACUCCACUGAAACCUAUCAGUAGUUGUGUAACCAUUAACAUUUGACAUACUCUCCAUAAUGAAGAUGCUGCUGAGUUUGGUUGUUCUGCUCUCUGUUUUUCUGUUGAUUAGUUCAGCUCCUCCAACAUGCUACUCAAGGAUUCUAUCUUUGAGCAAAGAAAUCAUGGCAUCAUUUAAGACUUUACAGAACACUGAACCUGUGGACCCCUGCGUGGAGAUGCUGCCCAAGCUCUACUUGGACAUACAUAAUUAUUGUGUGUUGGCAAAACUCCGAAACUUUGUGGCAUACUCCGCUUGCCAAAGAGUGCCACAAGUGAGUGCUCUGAAGGAAAAGAUCCGGAGCCUGUACACCAUUAUGAUCUCCUUCUGCAGGAGGGACUUAGUGUUCCUUACUGACGAUUGUGAUGCUUUGGAAAUCCCUAUCCUGUCUCCUACUGAUCCCUCUGUCAUUCAGAGCUAAAAGAAAGUCAGACCACAGGAAGUACCUGGGAUGGUUUAAAGGAAGCCAAGAGCCACCCAAAAAAUGCAAUCAACUACAACAUUAACAACCUUGUUCUUUUUCAAGCACACCAGCCCUAUUAUCUCAGGCCUACCCAUGUUUCUCAGCCUUGGCAGGAAAUGAUCUGCAUGCCUUGCAUACCUAUCAAGCUGCUAGCAAAACUAUGGUUAGAAAGCAUUUUAGUCAUUUGGCAUUUGAUGUUUCAGUUUAGCCAAAUUAGAAAGUAUGUUUUGUUUGAUCAGAAAUUAAAUGCUGGGUUUGUUACUCUUUCAUGAAUAACUACAUUCAUACAAAGAAAAAUAUGAUUCAUAUUUUAACUUAGUGGUUCCUCUCGAGGUAAACUUGCGAUUGUCUGUUUUUUCUAAAGCAAUUGGUAGAAGUGUUAGUCUGUAGUCACAGAUGUCUCUGUACUUUUAUAGUUUGUAUACAUGUAUAUUGAUUGCUUUUAGCGUCAACCUUGUAUGUAUCAAAAAUAACCCUUCAGCCAGUGGAAAUCUCAGUGAAAAACUAAAUUAAAAAAUCCUUCUAUCCAGAGAAGUCAGCAUCACAUCAUGUCCAUUUCAUGUACACACUGAAAGAUAUCAUCCCUCUAGCUUUUUUC